UGGGACACGGACGGUUUUGGCACGUGAUAUGUCUGAAGGGAGCAAUGCGGGCCUUGCGUAUGGAGAUAAGGACAGUUCCAGAAGUAAUAAUACUCCGAUCCAGUCUAAUACAUCAGAUGGACGAUCUCCUCAACUUCUACCACCAAUUGGGAAGGCAGAAAUUGGUUUCCCAGGCACUCCGGCUUCGUUGAAGUCCCCGACUGAGAGUAAAGCUCGAUUCCACGCUGGUUGCGUUCCAAAGCAGUCAAUAUACAUGGACUGGAAUUCUGUACGUGCCGACAAGAAGAAACAUUCAGUUAAAUAUUCAAGGCAAAAGAAAACAAAAUCGCUGGCAUCUUUCAAAGAUGCCGAGGAACAGGAAACAAUCAGUCAUUACCUGAAUCGGAAUAAGGAUUAUUUGGAAACAUAUAUAUUGGAAUCGGUGCCGCAAGAUGUCGUAGAGAAGUGGUUGCACAUGAAGAUGAAGAAUAAUGCUAUCAACGUACAUCCCAAAUUAUCAUACAAUAGGCCAUCAGCGAGCCAUGAACACUCGCGUACGACAAAGCAAAUGUUUAUGGACAUUUUAAAAAUUUACAAAGAAGAUCCGAGAGAGCACACGGUGCUUUGGCAGCUUGCCAAAAGCGUCGCGACAUCCAUUGGCGUUGAAACAUACAGGGUGUACAAACUUUUCCCAGAUCAUCCAACUUUCGUUCAGCACUUCGUUAUCGAUCAUACAAAGCUGCCACAAAACCAACCGGUACCAUCAACUUUGGAAAGAUCAGACCCCCAACAAGUGGAAUUAGUCUUGGAAGUGGCGAAGAAAGGUACCAGCAAAAGAGUUUCAAGAUUUGAUGACCCUCUUCGGUUUCCGGAAACACCGCUCUCUUUGUUGAAAAGCUGUAACUCGCGGAACAAACAAGGAAACUAUAUACUGUACCAACCGAUUAUAACGAAAUCCGGUAAAACGUCUUACGUCUUAGAAAUGUGGAGAACAAAGGACAGGUUCAAAGUCAUUGACGAAGAGAUUAGUGGUCACAUAGUCGUGUGGGGCAGUGUUGCUCUGCAUUACUGCAAGCUGUAUGUGGAUAAGAAAAGGGAACGUAACAUGUCCGAUUUUUUAUUGGACGUUGUCAAAGCAAUUUUCGAAGAGAUGGUUUCUUUGGAUCAACUGAUAAAGAGGAUAUUAGAGUUCGCCCAGAGGCUUGUGAACGCAGACAGGGCUUCGCUAUUCUUAGUCGACUACAGGAAUUCUGAGCUGGUCUCCACUGUAUUCGAUCUUAAAUUUGAGCCAGGUCUAGAUCUGGAUAUGGAAAAGAAAGAGAUUAGGAUGCCGAUAAAUAGAGGAAUCGCCGGUCAUGUGGCGUUGUCAGGCGAGACCAUGAAUAUUCCUGACGCUUAUUCUGAUUACAGGUUUAAUAGAGACGUGGACGAAGCUACUGGAUACAAAACAAUAAGCAUUCUAUGUAUGCCCAUAAAGGUCGAAGGAAAAGUCAUUGGCGUUGUCCAAAUGGUUAACAAACGCGACGAUAAAUAUUUCGGUGAUGACGAUGAGGCAGCCUUCGAGAUAUUCUCCACGUUUUUCGGCCUAGCCCUCCACCAUGCGAGGCUUUAUGACAGGAUCAUGAGGAAGGAGCAGAAGUACCGAGUGGCCCUCGAAGUGUUAAGCUACCACAACACGUGCCGGGAAUAUGAGGUGCAAGCUAUGCUGCUAGACAAAGAACCGUUGAAUGUUGACUUCGCAGAUUUUUAUCUAGAUCCAUUUCGUUUUGAUGAGUUCGAGAAAUGUAAAUGUAUUAUAUCAAUGUUUCGCGAUCUGUUUGACAUGACCCAGUUUGAUAUUACGACGCUGACAAGGUUCACGUUGACUGUCAAGAAGAAUUAUAGGACGGUGCCGUAUCAUAACUUUGACCAUGGAUGGACCGUCGCUCAUGCAAUGUACGCCAUCUUGAAGAGCGAUGUGAAGGAGAGAUUUGAUUAUAACAAGAGACUGGCUCUCUUCGUUGCAUGUCUUUGCCACGAUUUGGACCACCGAGGGUAUACCAAUAAAUACAUGAGCGAAACAGCCUCACCUCUAGCCGCCAUGUACACAACAUCUACAUUAGAGCACCAUCAUUUCAACAUUACGGUCACUAUUUUACAACAGGACGGUCACAACAUAUUCUCACAUAUUUCAAGCGAAGACUACAAAGAGAUUCUCGGCUUCAUCAGGCACUGUAUUCUGGCAACCGAUCUAGCGGCCUUCUUCCCUAAUUUAGACAAAAUAAGAGAAUUGUACAGAUCUGAUGAAGCACAGUUCAGCUGGGACGAUCCGAGUCACAGAGAUUUAGCCAUGGCCAUAUCAAUGACAGCGGCUGAUCUGUCAGCUUCAGCUAAGCCAUGGGAGAUUCAGAUCAAAACAGUGAAGGUUAUAUUUGAGGAGUUUUAUGAUCAAGGAGACAAGGAGAGAGCUGCUGGAAGGAUACCGAUACCGAUGAUGGACAGGAAUAAGCCUGAAGAGCAGCCAGCUAGCCAGGUUGGUUUCCUCAGUCAAAUAUGUAUACCGUGUUACGACAUGCUGUAUCGAAUACUUCCGAACACAAAGCCGAUGUACGCUAUGGCAACAAAAAACCUCAACAGAUGGAAAGCGAGAGCUGAUAAGAUCCUUUUUAAGCAAGACUCGAAGAAAGAUAAUUCUAAAGAUACCCUUGAACCAAAGGAUGGAAUCGGAGAUGAUGAUGAUGAUGUCACAGUUAAAAAUGAAGGGAACAAAAGAGUAGAAAUCAUAAGGCAAGAAUCAAAAACUAUUAUAGGAGAAGCUCAACCCAAGCCUGUAGUAUGGAAUGAUGACGAAGAAUUUGCGGUUGAACAAACCUUUAGAAGUAACAUUUGGAAGGAAAUUGAUGGAGUCACGUGGAUCGAAGAAGAAGGCGUAUUAGUUGCUAGUGAAGCGACGAAAAAAGAUGAUACAGUUUGAAUAUCGGAGAAAUAAAAAAAACUAGAAAUAUAUUGAUCCUGAACUCAUAAUUAGCAUAUUUCAUUUAGGUACAUAUUGGUUCUAGUACACGGCCGAUCGAUGUUACCAUAUUGUUGUGUGUGUGAACGUAGUUCAUUCUUAGGGUCUUGUAAAAAUCAUUUAAUGAAAAAUGUUUAUUUGAAUUAUAAAGUUUUGAUUUAUCAUGUAAUAACAAAAUCAUUUCAUUAUUCCUCAUUAGCAUGAAGUCAUUCGUAAAAUGAAUAGCAAUUUUUAAGUGAACAAGAUUGCUAUUGAAGUUAUUAAGUAUAGGUUCCCAUUUUUUGUUUCACUAAAAUUUCCUAUUAAU